AUGCUCACACGGGUGAAGUCCGCCGUGGCCAAUUUCAUGGGCGGCAUCAUGGCUGGCAGCGCGGGCGCCGACCACGGCAGCGGCGCGGACUUGCCCCUCCGCUUCCCCUACGGGAGACCCGAGUUCCUGGGACUGUCCCCGGACGAGGUGGAGUGCUCCGCGGACCACAUUGCGCGCCCCAUCCUCAUCCUCAGCAAGGACACCCGGCGCCUGCCCUGGACCACGGGCUACGCGGAGGUAAUAAAUGCAGGAAAGAGCACGCACAAUGAGGAUCAAGCCAGCUGUGAAGUCCUCUUUGUCAAGAAGAAAGCUGGAGGCAGUAAUUCUACACCAAACAAGAACUCUUCAACAAAACGGAGAUCAUCGCUGCCCAAUGGAGAAGGUCUCCAGCUGAAAGACAAUUCAGACACAGAUGGGAUCAACCUGUACUACUGGUCCCUGUUUGAUGGACACGCUGGGUCAGGGGCAGCUGUGGUCGCUUCCAAACUGCUGCAGCACCACAUCCUGGAACAGCUGCAGGAGAUCGUGGACAUCCUGAGGAACACAGCCGUCCUCCCACCCACCUGCCUGGGAGAGGAGCCUGACAACCCAUCCACCAACAGCAGGACACUGACACGGGCAGCCUCCCUGCGCGGUGGUGUGGGAGCCCCGGGCUCGCCCAGCACGCCUCCAACACGCUUCUUCACGGAGAAGAAGAUCCCACAUGAGUGCCUGGUUAUUGGGGCCAUAGAAAGUGCAUUCAGAGAAAUGGAUUUGCAGAUAGAGCGAGAGAGGACCGUGUAUAACAUUUCUGGCGGCUGCACAGCCCUGGUGGUGGUGUAUUUAUUGGGGAAGCUUUAUGUGGCAAACGCUGGGGAUAGCAGAGCUAUAAUAAUCCGAAAUGGUGAAGUCAUUCCUAUGUCUUCAGAAUUCACUCCAGAGACUGAACGCCAGCGACUUCAGUAUCUGGCUUACAUGCAGCCUCACUUGCUGGGAAAUGAAUUCACACAUCUAGAGUUUCCACGGAGGGUGCAGCGCAAGGAAGUUGGAAAGAGGAUGCUGUACCGUGACUUCAACAUGACUGGCUGGGCAUACAAAACCAUUGAGGAAGAUGACUUGAAGUUUCCUCUUAUAUAUGGAGAAGGCAAGAAGGCUCGGGUUAUGGCAACAAUUGGAGUGACCCGAGGACUGGGAGACCAUGACCUGAAAGUGCACGACUCCAACAUAUACAUCAAACCUUUCCUGUCCUCAUCUCCUGAGGUGCGAGUCUAUGACCUCCUGCAGUACGAGCAUGGGCCAGAUGAUGUCCUGAUCCUAGCUACUGAUGGACUCUGGGAUGUGCUGUUAAAUGAAGAAGUGGCAGAAGCUGUCACUAACUUUCUACCGAACUGUGACCCUGAUGACCCCCACAGGUACACGCUGGCAGCGCAGGACCUGGUGAUGCGAGCCCGGGGGGUGCUGAAGGACCGGGGCUGGCGGAUCUCCAACGACAGGCUGGGCUCCGGAGACGACAUCUCCGUCUACGUCAUCCCUUUGAUCCACGGCAACAAGCAGUCGUGAAAGGAGCACCGAGAGUGGUUAUAGGAUGGGCAUCUUUUUGGGAAGGGCCUGUAAGAGACAGUAGGGUUUUGGUGGUCUGACCAGGACACUUCCAGUUGAUGUAAUCUAGUCAAAACUAAUGCUGGAGGGGUAUUUUUCUGCCCAAAAGGUAGGGUUCUGCACAUAUACUGUAUAUGAUUAAAGAUAACCCUUAAGAUUCCAAUUUCCCUACAGAAGUGGUUUUGGUGCUUAACAGGAAUGGGAUUUAAAUGCUGCUAGCAUAUUAUGAAUUCUGUCAUCCCUCUAGGUGGGGUGGGGAAUUAAUUUUUUUUCUCAGUUUACGAUGUAGCUUGGAAGAGCCAUUUCAGUUGUGAAAGUAGAAGUGGGUAUCAGAAGCCAAGGAGGCUCCUGAAAUAUACCCCCAAAUAUUCAGAAGGGGGCUUGGGUCACAUCUCAUUUAAGAAUAUAGAUAUACAUAUAUGAGACUCAAGAGUUUUCUUUCAGAAAGUUGUAUUCAUGACUUAUCUAUGGGCAACUUCAAACUUGUGUAAUCCUUUGAGCCCCCAUUUUCCUCUCCUGUCUCUUCUUCAGUAGACUAUACCUCCUGUAUUUUAGUAGGAAAACUGAAAUUGGUUUCAGUGUAACUAUGCCUGUUUACUGCAGCUAAAAAGAGUCACCUGCAAAGUUUUCCAGGAGAAAUAGGUCACAGUCCUGUAUGGCAGAAUUUGUUCUGGAGUGAGGAGUUACUUGUCAAGAUUUCUUGUUGUGUGUACACCAUGAUUAUACAGAGCAUGCAAACUCAGGUUUAUGUGAUGUUUACCUGGAGGCUGUGGUUGCUUUGGGAUCAGAGAUUUACAUUCAUUGAAUGGUUCUGCCUGCUUUAUCCUGUUGAAAGGAUCCCUGACCAUAAAAUUUUUCCAUCAGUUGAGAUUUAGUAAAUUUGUUUGGGCUCCUGAGCAUGUUUUCAGUUGGACUUGUACUUGAAGUAGUGGUAUUGUUCUCAUGAGCAGUUUGGAUACACAGAUAGUGAUCUAUUUCAAAGGUGUUUCAGUUCUUCCUGCCUCAUUUAUUAUUCAGUAUACCUUCACCUGCGUGACUGCAGUGAUCAGAAAGGGACAGCUUAAAACUUUCUGUUCUCUUGGCAUUGAGAAUUGUACUCAAGGAUCACAAGAUGACUGUGACUGAUACAAGCCCUUGGCUUGCUUCAGCUCUUUUCUUAGCAGUGAUAAUUUAGAUAAAGAAAAUCUGUGUAAAACAUUUUUGACAUGAAAGCAGAAGUCCAGGAGAGAAACAAGUGAGCAAGUCUGCAGCGUAACCUGGCUGCCUAGUCCACGCAGGCAGCUCUCUUAAUUCAUUGGCAGGAAUUUAAGAGAAAACAAAAUCAGAAAGUUCUAGCAUACAGGCAGGUAUAUUGGCUGGGGAGCCAGCUUCCACCUGAUUUGUGCCCGGGCCACAUUGGUGUGGAGCUGUUUGUCUGGUUUGUACUUCUUUGAUAAGAAAAAAGACAGGGAGCUGACAUCACUGCAGGGCACUGACUAGGGAGCUCACAAACGUUGUGUCCUUUCCAAAAGAGAAAGAGCUGCUGUGCCCUGUGCAGGCUUUCUCCUGAGCAGGCGUGGCCCAGAGCCGCCAGUUCUGCAAUUUAUGAUGUGCUGUGUAAACAUGGCGCAGCCCGAGUGCGGUGCGCCUUCCCAGAUGCUGUAUUUGACUGCAUCUGGAAGUACAGUUGGGUGGAUUUAAACUACUCUUGCUCCAAAUCUCUACACCCAGAAGAGUUUCAGGAUGAAAGCGGGCAAUGUGGAGAGUGGAACAGCUCAAACAUUGCUGCGAGCUGCACACUUCUGGCCUGAAAACUGUUCUAUGAGUUCCCUGAGUACCCCAGUGCCUCAGGUGACAAAGCUGUACAGAACAUGGAUGUUUUACAUUCUAGAGCUUCAGUAUAAAUCAUUGGCAUAUCUGAUUACGUGUUUUCAUGCUUUUUUUUCUGAUUUUUUUUUUUUGCUUUACCUCUUUUUCUGUGUGCAUCUGAGUGAAAAGAGAGGCUUGGAGUCUAGAAUAUUUUUCAUAUGGCCCCUCAUAUGUUUUAAAGUUUAAGCAAGAGAUCUUACACCUUUUUUUGGCCUAAUAAACUUAUAAACAUG